CUUUGGUAACGCCUUCCUGCGCUGUUGGACACUAUCAGUGCUGCACCACACUGCUGCCGCACCCCAUCGCUGGCACUCCAUCAGCACUGCGCCCGGUCGCUAAUGCACCCCACGGCUGUCGCACCCCACCGACACUGGCGCCCCGCUGCUGCCGCACCGCACAGCGGCCCCCCUCCGCUACAGUUACGCUAGAAGGAGGAGAACAGGGACUUUAUGUCUCCGAGGGGGGUGUCGGGCGGAGUGACGAGGACUCCAAAACAGCAGGUCGGAGCACGCUCCGCAGCUCCACGCCGCCGGCGGGGCGGUGCUGCCGGCGGGGCGGGACGGCCCCGGCGGCCGCGGGACCACUCCCCCGCUCAGCUCCGGACGGCCUCCAGCCUCUUCUCGCCUCCCACCUCCCCGCCGCGCCUGGUGCACCGCUGACCAGGAAAGGCCUGAGUCUCAGGUUGUUCUGGUUUGUGACCUCCCUCUUCAACCCGGGAUGGGACUUGGCAUAGCGAAGCUUUGGAGGUCCUCAGCAAGGCAGCAGAUUGCCCAAGGAAGACAGCAAGGACUUGUGGUGUGACCCGCACAGCCGGCAAGGCGAUGAAGCUGAACGAGCGGAGCGUGGCCCACUAUGCCACCUGCGACUCACCCGCUGACCAUGCCGGCUUCCUUCGCAAGCGAGUGGAGCGGCACCACCACCAUGCCCACCACCACACCACCUCCUACCAGCGCUGCUGGUUUGUCCUCAAGGGCAAUCUCCUCUUCUACUUUGAGGAGCGUGAGAGCCGAGAGCCUGUGGGGCUGGUGGUGCUGGAGGGCUGCACCGUGGAGCUGUGUGAGGCUGCUGAGGAGUUCGCCUUUGCCAUCCGCUUUGAUGAUGCUGGUGCCAGGGCUUAUGUGCUGGUGGCUGAUGGGCAGGCUGCCAUGGAGGCUUGGGUGAAGGCACUGUCAAGGGCCAGCUUCGACUACAUGCGGCUGGUGGUGAGGGAGCUUGAGAAGCAGCUGAAGGAGGCCUGCAAGAGCUUGGCCGCUUGCCGUAAGUCUCCACAGAGGUCCUCCUCCUCUGGCAGGAAGAGGCAUCUCACCAACCCUGCCUUGCUGCCUCUCCAGGAGAAACCCAUAAUCCUGGAGAAUGGUUACUCCAUGUGGAGUAGUAGUGGUGGUGGUGGCACCCCUGGGGGGGCUGCCUGCCCUGACCGUGAUGGGGGAUAUGUGAAGCCCCCACCCCUCCCUCCACGCCGGCGCUCGGCCGCUGGCAGCACCACAGGGUCUCCAACGCCUGGCUUCUCACCAGCCAUGCCAGAGAGCCCAGUAUCACCUGAGACAGCCUGCUUCUCCAAGCUGCACAGCUGGUAUGGGCAAGAGAUCACGGUGCUGAGACGAGAGUGGCAGGAGAGGCAGAAGAGAGGACACCCAUGACAGGGUGUGGGGCAUGAGCCGCUGGCCAGCCAAUGCCCAUGUGGAAGAGUGAAGCACAGGGGCAAAGGAUGUCGCUUGCCUCCUGCCCUGGUCAGUGGCUGAGUCUGUGGUACAGGUGCACAUCAUAGGGCAGUUCUUGCUCUGGGUACAUCAGUGCCCACCUGUCCUUCACCACUCUUUCUUAGUUUUGCUUCUCAGUGGGGGAGUUUGCACAGCUCAGCAUUUAUUAUUGGCUGUAGUCAUGCACCCAAGCCCUUCUGCUUUUGCUUUUUCGCCAUAGAUACAGCUGGGCUCUUAAAAAUACCUCCAACAGGCCACUGGCCCUUGGCAGGUGCCUCCAGCCUUGUACCUCUCUCACCACAGGACACAUGUGAGCCACCCUGGCUGUGGCUGGCCCAGCAGCCAGGGUAACAACAACAGGACUCUUGUGCUGGUUUUGCUUAUUUUUUUUUUUUACUUUCAUCUGCACGUACCCUUCUCCUUGGUAAACCCUUCAGGACGUGGGUUUCACAGGCUUGCAUCCGUUUGGGCACCUGAGCUCAGCCGUGAGGCUGAAAUGGAGACACUUAAGCCUCGUGUGAAGUAACGGCAAGGACCAGGAGCUCCCCAGAGUUGAUCUGGACUAUACUGAGUGGUAGCCAAGCCUGUUAAUAUCUCUAGCUCAAGCCUUCAGUCUUCCAAAACAGGGAUGCUAAAGCCUCUUUGCCAGGCCGGGGUGAAUUUCUCAGCUCCUGCAAACUGCCAUAUAGGGCUUGGCUGUCUCACUGGGCAGUGUGCCCAAGACAGCAUCCAGAGCUGCAUGCUCACAGGGCCUUUUUUGCUGUUGUGGCCCUGCCCAGCUCCUGACAGGGAUGUGCUGUUGAAGAGGGGCUGUGGAGGAGUGGGGAGGACAAGAGGGCUGGUCCCAGGAGAAAUGAAGAUGUAGGAGUGAGUUGCAGGCAGCAUGGACUGCCUGUCAGCAGUGUCUGGGCUUGCAUCUGGCAUCAAAGCCAUAUCAUUGCCCUCUACCAAAGCCAGUGUCUGAUCUGCUGGCAUUUCUCUCCAAUUUAGUGUCAGCAUCUUUCCGGCUGAUCUCCAUUAGCAGGUCCCCUCCCCACAGCAGGCAGGGAGGCCUGUGGGGAGGCAUGCCUGUUGCCUUGCUACAGAAACAGACUUGUCCUUCAUUAGGUCAAAAGCCUGGGCCACUAGGCAGAUGGUACACUUGUGGGUGCCGGAACAUCUUGGCAAUGGGAUUUAUAAACUUCUCCCUUACCAUCUUGGCAAGGGCUGUUUUUCAGAGCUGAAAAAAUAUGUGGAACAGUCCUGUGCUUCCUAUCUAACAGUGUUAAACCUGGUUUUAUUGCUCUGUUUUAUUAAGGAGCCUUGCCAGGAGAACAAGAGGCCAUUUCAGGUCAUGACUGGUAGGAACCUUUUUGCCUUUCUGGAGUUAAAUGCAUUCAGCUUAAUAUUUUGCAAUAGCUAGUAGAGAUUGCCAAUGCAGAAAUCAAAUUACUUCCAUUAACUCUUUGUGCCUUUGAAAAUGUAUCUCUGGUAGUUUGGGAUGAUGAGCAUCCAGCCUCCUGCCUAAUUAAGCUUCAGUGGUAUAUUAGUAUUAGAGAAGUCUUGAAUCACGUCUUACAAACACGACUUUGGGCAGUGGGGGUGUUGCUUUCACAUGCAAGUGGUACAAUCUAGUCCUCUCCAGUUUGUGCCUGCAGUCCUUCACAAUAAGGACCUUUGAGUUUGGGAGGAUUAUGUUUCUUCUGCUUUUUAAAUUAAAACAGGUCAGAAAAAAAACAGGAGCAGGUGGCCAUGAGCCAGUGCCCAGACUCCUUCAGCAGCACAGCUGGCUGGACAUGUGGGCCAGCUCUGCCUUACUAACUUCCACUUGAGAAUUUCAGUGCUGCAGCAUUCCCAGCUGGGAACCUGUCCUUUUCCCCCUGCUGAGGCAGCAGGAGAGGGUGACACUACUUGGUGCUUCUUUGCUCUGCGUGAGUAUUUUGUGGCCAGGGUCAGAUUUGACAAGCAUUUUUUUCUGUGAUUUGGGUUGCUGUGUUUUGGGGUUUUUUUAUGUAAUAGAGAGGAAUAUUCUUGACAUCUCAGACUUGCAUGAGGCAGUUUGAGGGUAAAGAUUUAACUUCCAAUAUAAAUCAAAAUGUAGUGGCAGUUCCUCCGUGAGACCCAAGAAUUGGAGUGACUUGAAAGGGAAAAUAAAUUAGCAAAGCCAGUUGUGUCAGAAGUGGAACUGAAACAGCAUUAUUCAUUUAAGGGCAGUUUUCACUUUUAAGAAGCUUAGUUUGUUUUAAUAAGCCAGGAUUGUGCUAGUAACACUACUAAAGAGCUUAUAUUUAAUGCUUUAAUCUGUCCCAUUCAAAUGACACAAUUUCCAUGCUACCUGCUUUUGCAUUAGCACAUAACCCAGCUAAAUCCUAAAUCCUGCAGAUGAGGAGCUGUGCUCUGUUUUCUGUCUUGAUCGCAUUUGGAGUAAUUUUGUGUUUUAUUCUGCAGCAUGGAGGAGAAAAUGGCUGAAUCCUGAACAGUAUUUGUGCUUGACUCAGCUGUCCAGGCCUUGGUUCUUUGCUAGGUCUCCAAAACGCUGCAUGACUUUGGAUGCGAUUGCUCAGAGCUUCCUCAUUAUUGUGCUCACAUAGCAAGAAUGGUCCUUUUUUUGAGCAAAGAGAGGCAAAACUGGAACCAUGGCCAAAUUUGUGUGGGAGUGCAGGUUUUUUAAUGACCGCCACUGCUUGCUUCAUUCAUUAGACAGGAAGCACCUCUGUGUUCCAACACCUCCUUUGAGGUGGAGGCCAUCAAACCAGCUCAGAUGAUGAUCAGUUGUGUUGGCAGCACCUUUGAAGCAGCCCGUGGGCAGAAGGUUGGGAUUUCAUCUUCCUGAGGUUGCACCAGCAGCCGGCUAAUGGGGCAUCCUGUCUGUCUUCUCUGCAGGCAGAGAGAAUUACAGGAACAGCAGAAAGUUCUCACUGCACAUUGUCCCUGACAGCAAAAUAACACUAAUUGCCACACACUGCUUUUCUCCAGUCGUUCAGGUUUGGACUGUUUCCUUUGCUUUCCCUUAUUUUUUUAAAAAUAGAAAAUGUCUGGGCAGCACAAAACAGGUUCCCCAGCCAAGGGGGGACUGAACGCUAAAGCUGAACGGCUAAUUUAGUACUCAAGUGGCUAAUUUAGUACUGAAGCCAAAUCCUUUUCUAAGAGUUUUCUUUAGCACAAUAAUGCAAAGUCGUGAGUGAAAAAUGCUUGAAAUUGAAGACUGAAAGAAAGGAGGUUCUGAUGUGCCUUUGUAAGCUGUGCCAAGAAGGGCUCCCAGUCCUGUUAAAGCAGUUGAUGAAGUUCAGUUUUUCUGAGGCUACGGCUUCAGAUUCAUGCUUAUAAUAUGUUGUUUUAUUUCUGCACGUUUACCUCUUUAUAAAACAACUGUAGUGAUGUUUUCUGAUGAAUUCAGGUCCUAGUGAUGAGAGUAACCUGAAGGGUUUAGCCCUUGUCUCAUCUAGUCCUUGGGUGGAUAUUCACGACCAUGAUCAGAUGUAUUCUGUUACGACAGGUCCAGCAUUACUAGUUUAGGGGCAGGUAACCCCCGAAUCUUACCCCUCUCUACGGUCUUUACAGAGAAACUUAAAAUAACCCCGGCUGAGGUACAGGGGCAACACGUGGAGCUCCCGUGCCGGGGGCAUCUUGCGGAGCAGCACCGAAUGUGCUUUUCCAGCCGCACAAUGACAGGGCAACACCGCGAGCAGCCUGCGGGAACGCUCCUGCUCCUCCAAGUGCUUCUAUUUUAGGCAGACGUGUUCUUUCUUAGACAGGCGGGUUUGCGUGUGCCGCGGUUUUACAUACGGAACUUGUAUGAUGCAUUUGAAGGCAUCGUUAGCGCCUUUAUUGUAUGCCGUGACACCGAAUAAAACCGUGGCGAUUUGUA